AUGGUUUUUUCUUUCUUGAACGGCUCUACCGGUGCAGUAGGUGGUGACCAGUCAACUAUCUAUGGAAGCGACGGAUUGGCAACAGGAGCAAGUACUAUGGCUACUCACUACAACAGCAACAACAGCAGUAACACCUAUGGAGCAGUCUCGUCUGGAGCAGCGAGUAUCCACGGAGGCAUGUCAUAUUCGCCCAUCUCGCCUGGGUCAACGACAGGGAGCAUCUGUGGAGGACACGGACACCACCAGCAACAGAAACGAUACAGUCGUACGGUCCGGUCAAAUGCGAGCAGUAUUUUGUCGUUGGGUCGUCAGAAGACGGAACCGCCUGUGAUGCACUUUGUUGGCAAGGAUCUCCGCAUCGGGACAGUGUGUGUAUCCGCAAGACCAGGCCAAGGUGUAACCCAUGUCCUCGUCCGGACCGUUCUCAAAUUUACCAACAUCGAUAUACCAGACAGCAUGCGCUCAUCUGCAGAGUUUGAGCGCCACCGUACACUAUAUCCCAAGAAAGGCGACAUAUAUGCAGUCAUCCAUAUCGCAGUACAGCAUUGUCUGGAAUCGAUCCCAGAGAUUGAUGUGAAGCGCCAUCAAGUCAUUCGGCACCAGUCUGCUGCAGACCAUUCUGUAAUUGUCCUGGAUGAGCCCGGGUGGAUGAAGAGUCCCCGCUACAUCUCUAACGUCGUCAAGUGUCUUGAAGAGAUUAAGCAGGAAGGGUUCACUCACGUCUUGAAGAACUUGGAAGCCCAGAUGAAACCUGGCGCGCUGACGGUUGACAUUGUUAUUCCUGAACUGGCGAGUAACGAGCAGGAAAAGUUCUGGGCGUUCUUCAAUGGAUUGGGUGACCACAUCGAAGAGGAGACAUACCUCCCACAGGCACCUCGAGCUCGCUUGAACCUUCCAGAGAUGAUCGUCGGCAACAAGACCGAAGACCAUCGCAUGGAGUCAGUGGCGGAGCUGAUCCAGACAGAAAAAAAGUACAACGAGCGCAUGAAGGACUUGGUUCACAUCUACCUGACAGAGGCCAAGGCGUCGGCAACGAGUCUGUGCCCUGGGUUGGGCAAAUACGAGAUUCGGGUCAUCUUUUCCAACAUUGAGCAGAUUCUGACCGUCAGCAGCGCGUUCUUGAAGGACUUGCAAGAGUACGAGAAGGAUGCCUCGCGGUCCUUGAACUUGGGCGACAUUUGUGCUCGAAACCUAAGGAGGAUGGGGUGCUAUAAGCAGUACUUGAUGCGGUACAAGAGAGCGCAGGACACAUACACGACCCUGUCAAGAAAGCUGCCAGCCUUCAAGGCGCUGCUGGAGAAGUGUGUCCAGGUCAACAACAUCACUACCCUCAAUAACCUCUUGGUCGAACCCACGCAACGUAUCGUCAAGUAUCCCUUGCUCUUCAAAGGUAUUUUAUCGGGAACAAAGAAGGACUCUCCUGAGGUGAUGGGUAUUGUCGAGGCAGCAGAGUUGGCGUCACAGAUUGCGCACAUGGAGAAGGCCAAGCCCGAGCAGACGGCCGAGAUGCUCUUCAACCUCCGAAACACGAUCGAGAACUGCCCCGACGCACUCGUUAGUCAGAACCGUAGUAUCGUCUCGUACUUGGACGCUUAUGAAACAAAUCUACUGACUGGUGAGCGGGGCAAGUCGAUUACGCUGAUCUUGUUCUCGGACAAGGUCAUGAUUGUGAGGAGACCUAAGGGUGUUAGUGGUGAGACGCUCUUUCAGCUCAAAGAGGAUGUCGAGGAGAGGAAACGAAGGGAGAAGGAAAAGAAGGAGUUUAAGGAACGAGAAAAGAAGUUGAAGAAGGAUGAUACGGGGAGGAACGAUUCGGGUUCCGGUACACCCACACCCACUUCUGCGACACCUGGGUCAUUGGGGUCUGGAGCCAUGGCGGCGGCGAUGAUGAUGUUUGGGAAGGAUUGGAAGUUUAUGGGGUGGAUGGACAUCCUCAAGCUCAAAGUUGCCAUCGUCGAGCAGACUGACCCGGAGGGAUUGUUCUGCAUCACGACUCGGAACCACACGGAGUCCAAGGAUGAUCGCUGGGAGACGACUCGCGGGAUCCUGCCAGAGUUCCUCGAUAAGCGUGACAGCUUCAUAUCCAAGUUUCACGAGACCCUGUCCCUCAAGAAGGCAGCGGCGACCGGAUGUGGGGCCGAUUACACGUCCCGUCUCCAUGUGACCGAACUCGAGUUGUUCUGCAAUGUUUUCUCAGAGAGCCAGUACCGGGAUUUCAAGAACAAGGGCGAUGUCGCCUUGUUCUACGCCCAUGGUCGGAGUCGUCCAAUUGAUGUCACACCGUUCACGAGACUGCCGACAUUUGUGGGUAUGAUCCAGACUACAGAUUCGGGAAUGCGUGCGGUGAUGAGGAGCAAGUCGAACUUGAAUGAUGUUGGAGAUCCUGCUCUGACGACUGAGGAUGCGAACCGGUUCAUGGACGUUGAUUCCUUUCAGAUACAUAUCGCCGAGCUUGUUGCAAACUUGCAAUGGGUCGCGUACCAGUUCGACCCGUAUCAGAGUGCACAGCUGCACUUCAGUAGAGUCUACUUGGAUACAGACUACCUCUACCAAACUGCUGCUCCUUACCUCAAAGCAACCACCCUCCGAACCAAGGGCCUCAAAAAGAUCCGCGAUACCACCGCGUCUGUCACUUCGUCCGCCUUCUCAGCGCGAUCGCCUCCCGUGCAGUCACCUUACGCGUCAAGCGGAGGGUCGAGCGGUGGAGGCGGGAAUCAUCACCCGUCUCAGUACCUUUACAGGAAUAGUGGUGGCGGAGGAGGAUCUUUCUCGCCAUUGGCCAGCCCUUCGGGUAUCUUGGCGUCGCCUUCAUCACCUGGCGGGGGCAUGUUGGGUCGAUACGGGAGCUCCGGCAACGUGAUGAGUAAUUAUGGAUCCACGGCGAGUUUCAGUAACUUCUCACCGGCAGGCGGUGUCAACGGCAAUAGCAGUAGUUAUUACAACCACAGUAGCGGUUACAUCAACAACAACAACAACAGCCUCAGCAACGGUGGCAGUGGAGCAGGAGGUAUGACGAUGGCUGCAGGGUCGGUCAAGAACGCCUCGGCGCUGUCGCCCUACAUGAUGCAACAGCAACAGCAGCAGUAUCUCAAGAAGAGGGCGGACAGCGUUGCGAUGUUUGACGGUGGCCCCGCUCCUGAUAGUGAACAACUUAGCGGCCAACAGCAACAACAACAACAACAACAACAACAACAACAGCCGCCGCUGUACCCGAACCAACAGCUGUCGGUCAGUACGUUGAGGGACAGUUUGUCAGUGAUGAAUUUGAUGCUCCCAGGCCCUGGGCGGAAGAAAGGUCUCUUGAACUCUAUGGUUUUUGUUGGCGACAAGGAAUAA